UGUGGCGUGUUUGGGAUUGUUGUGAUGGGAGGAGACGGCCAUCUUGGAUGAGCGCUGGACGAAGGCGACCUGGAACAGUUGAGCUAACGUUAGCUUCCUCCGACUUGAGCGCCCGUAAUCUCUCUCCCUCCUCCCCAGUACUAUGUCCUUUGAACGUUACAUUCCGUCGAUAGUCUUUAUUUGAGUGGAUACGAUGGGGGAAAGCAGGCGUUUAACUGGAUAAAUUGCGAGAGGUCGACGGCGGCGCGUCUCCUCUGUUGUGUAUUUAUGUGCUUUACAUUUCUGGAUAAAGGAGUGACUAUGAAUGGAGGAUAAAUGUUGCCAAAAGCUGACCGCAGCGGUUUCGUCCUCUUCUCUCUGCUCUUCGGCCUCACAUUAGCGGACCCACCACGGCCAGAGCAACGCUGCAGUCCCGGGCAGUUUGCCUGCCGCAGCGGGAAGAUGCAGUGUAUCCCCAUGUCGUGGCAGUGUGACGGCUGGACGGCGUGCGAGGACCAGAGCGACGAGAUGGACUGCCCCCCAAUAAAGGAAGAACGGUUUCGUUUCGGCCAAGGUUAUGACCAGGAUGACGACGUCAUGGGCGUGGCUCAGCCCGUGCGCUUCAACAAGAAAUGCCCCAGCGGGUGGCACCACUACGAGAAGACGGCGAGCUGCUAUAAAGUGUACCAGCGCAGCGAGGACUACUGGCAGGCCGUGGACACGUGUCAGAAAGUCAACGGCUCGCUGGCCACCUUUGUCACCGACGAGGAGCUGCAGUUCAUCCUGAAGAUCGAGGUGGACUUUGAAGACCAAGAGUGCGAGCGCAGAGACCAGUGCAAGUUCUGGGUGGGAUACCAGUAUGUGAUCACCAAUCAGAACCACUCCCUGAAGGGCCGCUGGGAGGUUGCUUAUAAAGGGCCCGUGCAGGUGUUUCUGCCACCCGAGGGUCUGGCCAAUUUGGGCGAAGCAUCCCUCAGCCAGGACAACGUCUUCUGCGCCCAGCUCCAGCGAUUCCAGCUUAAAGGCAUGAACGAGCGAGGCCUGCACAGCUGGCACGCCGAGAACUGCAACAAGCAGUUCCCCUUCCUCUGCAAGCGCAGACAAACCUGUGUGGACAUCAAAGACAACGUGGUGAACGAGGGCUACUACUUCACGCCCAAGGGCGACGACCCGUGCCUGAGCUGCACGUGUCACGACGGCGAGCCCGAGAUGUGCGUGGCGGCGCUGUGCGAGCGGCCGCAGGGGUGCCAGCACUUCCGCAAGGACCCUAAAGAGUGCUGCAAGUUCACCUGCCUGGAUCCAGAUGGAAACAGUCUGUUUGACUCCAUGGCAAGCGGGAUGAGACUGAUCGUCAGCUGCAUCUCGUCCUUCCUCAUCCUCUCACUGCUUCUCUUCAUGGUGCACAGGCUGAGGCAGCGGCGGCGAGAACGCAUCGAAACGCUCAUCGGAGGAAACUUGCACCACUUCAACCUUGGAAGACGCGUCCCGGGCUUCGACUACGGCCCGGAUGUCUUCGGGACCGGCCUCACGCCCCUGCAUCUGUCCGACGACGGCGAGGGUGGCGCUUUCCACUUCCAGGAGCCUCCCCCGCCAUACGUGGCCUACAAGUAUCCCGACAUCCAGCACCCGGACGACCCCCCUCCUCCGUACGAGGCCUCCAUCAACCCAGACAGUCUCCUUUACGUGGACCUCGGACACGGGGGCAUCGCCAUGAUACCCAGCCACAUGACCGGCAUGGUGGACGGCCUGCAGGUCGCCGACGUGCCCGACGCCCCAGUAAACGUCCCCGUGCCGCAGCCCCUGCCGCCGCUGACCCAGGAGAGGGAGGACUCCAUCGACAGCAGCACCCUCCUGGUCGGGCCCGACACCCCGACGGAUGGCCACGCCCCCGCGGCGCCAGACUGCGCCACGUCCCUCAGCACAGUAGUAUAAGACUACAGCGGAGUUGUACAGACAUAUCAGAGCAGAGAGGACUGUUUGUGUAUAGAACACUCAUGAAAGGCUGCUUUUUUACUGAUGUAAAUACGCCGUUCGGGGCGACGGGGGCGUGUCUUUUUUUUUCCCCCGUCAUGCUUAGUUUUUGAGCGAGAUUGCACCUCUGAUGUCUCGCUUUCCCCCUCGACUGCAGCGUGUGUGGCCGUGUCGCCACACAAAUGGGUUCGAGGGUGUUUUCUUCUGGCACACACAGGUAGUGACGUUAAUGUGGUACCAGGCUUAGUUUUAUUUGCUUAGAACAGGGGUGUCCAAACUUUUUCCACUAAGGGCCGCACACUAAAAAAAUCAAAGCAAGCGGGGGCCAUUUUGAUAUGUUUUUAUUUCAAAAACCAAUACAAUAUAUGUGUAAAAAUAUACAUUUAGGCCUCCACUCAGGCUUGAUCCCAGGGACCCCAAAGGAUUUUGGUCCAAAAAAUAUUUAAAAUAUGUCAUUAUUUUUGAAUUAUUGUUAUUCAAGGUUUAAAUCUCUAGAUCAACUUUAGGUCAAUCUGUCAAUAUAACGUUUUUAAAGAUUUAAGUUGUAUGCCCUUUUUUAAAGAAAACCCUGUUAUGUUGUGGAAAAAAACACAAAAUAUGCAAUAGUUUCCCCCAAUACAAUUUUAAAGUGGAAUAUUUAAGAUUAUAGAGUAAUUGGAGCCUUAAAAAUGUCAAGACAUAACAACAUUGAUUUCAAUUCGUUAUUAUUUUUUUAGUAACGACACACAAAAAAAAAAAUCACACUAAAAUUAUUGGGGAUCCAAAAGGGUCCUACUCAUUAAAAAUAUUUUUAACUGUUUACUUUAAACACAAUCGUCUUGAGAUCAACCUCAGAUCCAUCUGUCAAUUAUAACUUUUAUUGUUUAUGGGUUUUUUUUGUUCUUAUUAGGCCCUUCUUUAGAAAAAAAACAACUUAUUUUUUUAUAUGGCAAACACAAAAUAUGCAACAUUUCCCCCCAAAAAUAUCUGAAAGUGGAAUAUUUAUGUGACAUUGAUUUUGAUUCAUUAUUUUUUUUUAAAGAAAAUAACAGCCUGCAUGGCAGCUUUGUGUUAUUAGAGUUAACAUUGCAACUCUUUAUCACAUUUCACCUGUUUACUCCUUUAUACCACUUUUCUGUUGUUUUUUUUUUUUUUUAUCGUAUUUUUAGAAGGUCCUUAGGGCCGUUAAAAAAUGACCCGCGGGCCGCACUUUGGACACCCCUGGCUUAGAAGGAUCAUGAACUCCACGAGUCCUUUUUUGACAAACCCGGUCCGUAGCUUCCAUUCAUGGUGUUACGUUAGCGCCCCCCUGUGGAUAGUUUGCUAACUGAAGCCUGUUUCCUGCACGCUUGUCCCUCUUUUCUUUUUGUAUCAUCUUCACGGUUAGAAAAGCCAACGAGUUAGGAACGCCCUUCAUGACGACAAUCCUUCCACCUGCCAACCAUUAAUUGAUUAAUUCGUGCUUUUUUCCCCCCUCCCUUGUUUUGGCUUUGACAAUCCUCAUUGAGACCCUCCAGAGAAUAGUGCAUGUUCUUGAGAUGGUGUUUUUCUUUGUUUUAUCACUACAUUUGUUUGCUUGUCUGCAGUCAGUGCAUGUUUGUUUUUUGUUUUUUUUUCCCCAUGCGUGGUGAUACUUUCUUUUUUCCUUUUUAAUUUGAAACAACAUCCUAAUCUGUCCACGGUAGUUUGUGCUAAGGUGACGACUGGACUGAUUUUACUGGCUUUUUGUCUUUUACAUGGCAGCCCGUGAACUAAACAAUGCUCUGUUUGUACGGGGGGUUGUGUUUUCUGCGGUAGAUGUACGUCUAAUCAAAUACCAAAUAAACGACACCUUGCAGGAUG